CGCAGCUUUUAUGAAACGAGACAUGCGAAAAGCCACUACCAAGAUUUUAUGAAACUCUUUUAUCUUUGGUUUUAAAGAAAGUGUUCCGUAAGAAUUGUUUGCUUUUUGAAGCAAGAACCAAUUCCUAUUUUUGAAGACUCUGCACCAAUUGGAACCAGGUUCUACGGACUUUUCUUGGUGGUUCUAGUCGAUUUCUUUUUCAACUCUAAAUAUUGCCGUUCUUUUUUGGUUUUUAGCUUGUCAUUGCAAAAAUGAAGAAUAAAUAUACCUCUGUUUCAGACUCUGAAGAGUCCUUAAAAACGCUCAAUGAUGAAAAGUCAGACACUCGUUCUUCAGAGGGUACGCCUCCUCCGUAUUCAGCUUCAAACAAAUUUAUCGAUUUAGAAAUGGCUGACGGAUCCGCUCAGCAUUCUGCCCAAGAAUCUGUUGAUAACACUAGGUCGGACCCUUCAGCGAACAAAGAAUGUUGGAAAACCUUUGCCGCAGGCAUAAUGACUAUUAUAACGAUUUUAUAUAAUCUUGUUUUUCUAGCCAUAAUUUUUGGUUACAAGGUUUCUCCGUAUUCAAUAGCUUUUUAUUGGCUUGCUGCCGUUUCUAUUGGCACUAUUUUUAUUUUCCUAUUAACGAUUCUUGUAACGUAUCCAGAAUGGUAUCGGGAAGCUGGAAGAGCAACAAAGAAGUGCAUUAAGAAAUCUGGAAGAGCAACAAAGAAGUGCAUUAAGAAAUCUGGAAGAGCAACAAAAAAUUACAUUAAGGAAGGUGGAGGAGCGCCGGCUAUAUGUAAAGCGCUAAUUACCCUGAUAAGUUUGAAUGGAGUCGGGGGUUAUGUUUUGAAAUUAGCAGGAGGCUUCGAAUAUAUACAUUCAGCCAUGGUGUUGGUUGUUUUGGCCGUAUUGAACAUAUGCUUGUUUGUUCUUCUCAUUCGAAACCCAAUUGGAUUUGGAAAUAUGACAAUUAUCGUACCUACAAACAACAGGAUUAGCAGGAAUCGUCCACCUCGUAACGAAGAAACCGAACUUCAACCUCUUGCUGAUCAAAGCUCUGAAGUUUGAAUGUGAGUGUGAGUUUCACCGAACCUGCUUUCAUUUUUUGUACUUCGCCUUCGCCCCUUCCUUGGGAUCAUCGAUGUCAAUUGCAGUUCACCAAGAUCCCUGUGUUUGCUGUCACAAAAGCUUGAAUCUGAUGAAUCCAGAAGACUUUGAUUGCUUUAGUAAUUCACUCUUUUACGACUUUUCUAAUUAGUUCACAGCACUGUUGUUUAUGCAUCGUUCAUUUUCUUCGCAGUUCGAAUAGAACAUCCUUUUUAAUGAUUAUUUUAUGAUUUUGACAACGAAUAUUCCAUGGCAAUGAGCUAUUGUUUAGUUCAACACCGAGUCGUGUAAUUGAUUAUGUCUUAGAGUUGACAAGGAUGAAUGAGAGUUUCGACAGUUAUUAUUUUCAUUCAGUAUAGAAAACACAAAUCUUCAGAUAAAAAGAUCAAAAGAUCAGAUAGAUCUUAAUACAUUGAUUAAACAUUCA